AUGGCGGCCGCAAAUAACAUGCACAAUCUCACCACACUCAUCAAGAGACUCGAAGCUGCGACCUCGCGCCUCGAAGACAUUGCGACUUCAACCGAACUACCUAAAGACGUCCCCGCCCUGAAGCAGGCCAUUGCCUCCCCGGCAGUCGAGUCGCAGGCGCCUACACCCCCCCAAACGGCUGCAGCUUCCGCCAAGACGACCUCAAGUCAAUCCGAGGAUCCUGUCCCGGAAUCAAUCGAAGAGUUCCAACAAUUCAUAAGCUCGUCCGUGGGCAAAUAUGUCAAGAUUAGCACUGAACUGGGCGGUGUAGUUGCUAAACAGGCUGUCGAGGUGCUUAAAGGAUUCCAAGAACAGAGAAAGUUUUUGCUGAUUACGACCAAAGCCACAAAACCCGACGCAUCGACGUACCAGACCAUUCUCAAACCAACAAACGAUGCGUUGAUGGCCGUAACCGAGCUGAAAGAGUCGAACCGACCCGAUCCCAUGUAUACUAACCUGAGUGCUGUCGCUGAUGGCAUCAUGAUGCUUGCUUGGAUUACCCUGGAUAGCCGCCCCCACAAGCACGUGGAGGAGAGUUUGAGCUCAGCCCAGUUUUUCGGAAAUCGGGUGCUUAAAGAACAGAAAGACAAAGAUCCAAAACAGGUCGAAUGGGUACAGUCAUUUUACCAAGUCUUCAGCGACCUCGCCGAUUAUGUCAAGCAAAAUUUCCCGUCGGGAGUUACUUGGAAUGCCAAAGGCAAACCAGCCGGGGAUGUAGCCAAAUCGUUCCUGCAGACGGCCACGGCACUAGGCACACCAGAUGCUGGAGGCGCAUCGGCGCCGCCUCCUCCUCCGCCGCCUCCUGGACCAGCUCCUAUGCUUGACAUUAAAGCUGAACCCGUCCCUGAGGCGUCGGUAUCUUCUGGUGGGUUCGACGCUGUAUUCUCCGAGUUGAACAAAGGCUCGGCUGUUACAAAGGGACUCCGGAAGGUAGACAAAUCGGAAAUGACACACAAAAAUCCUUCCCUGCGCGCCAGCAGUGCUGCAGACCCAGAUGGCCCGUCUCGAGGCAAGAGUCCAGCCCCCGGCAAAAAGCCAAAGCCAGAAAGCAUGCGCGUGAAGAAGCCUGCUAAAAAGGGUUUGGAAGGAAACAAAUGGACAAUCGAAAACUACGACAGAGAAACUCUACCAAUUGAAAUUGAAACUACCUUGACCCAGUCUGUAUUGAUCAGCAGGUGUAAUAACACAACUGUAAUACUGAAGGGUAAAGCAAACCAAGUUACUGUGGAGAACUCAACCCGCCUUUCCCUCGUUGUUGACACCCUAGUUUCCACGGUGGAUGUAGUAAAAGCUCAAAAUUUUGCAUUGCAGGUUAUUGGGACUCUCCCAACCGUUAUGCUGGACCAAGUCGAUGGCGGCCAGGUUUACUUCAGUAAAGAGAGCAUUGGGACCAGGGUAUUCACCAGCAAGUCGUCCGGAAUCAAUCUCAACAUCCUGUCUGGGCCAGAUGACGAUUACAAAGAGGUGCCUCUCCCGUCUCAAAUUUGUUCAUACUACGACGAAAAUAAAGGUGACCUCAUAAACGAGAUCGUGGCCCAUGCUGGCUAG